AUGGGGGACGCGGAAAUGGAAUGUUUUGGCCCGGCGGCUGUAUACCUCCGGAAGCCAGAAAAAGAGAGGAUUGAAGCUCAAAACAAGCCUUUUGAUGCUAAAUCAGCCUACUUUGUGACGGAGCCUGCAGAGAUGUACCUUAAAGGGAAACUUACAAGUAAAGAGGGCGGCAAAGCCACCGUGGAGACGCUCUGUGGAAAGACCAUCACUGUAAAAGACACUGAAAUCUUCCCCAUGAACCCUCCGAAGUAUGAUAAAAUGGAGGACAUGGCCAUGAUGACCCACCUCAGUGAACCCUCUGUGCUGUAUAACCUCAAAGAGCGCUAUGCAGCAUGGAUGAUCUAUACCUACUCUGGGCUGUUCUGCGUCACUGUGAACCCCUACAAGUGGCUCCCAGUGUACGACGCACGUGUUGUGUCAGGAUACAGAGGGAAAAAGAGGAUUGAGGCUCCACCCCACAUCUUCUCCAUCUCUGAUAAUGCCUAUCAGUUCAUGCUCACUGACCGUGAGAAUCAGUCUAUCCUUAUCACUGGAGAAUCUGGUGCAGGAAAGACUGUCAACACUAAACGUGUCAUUCAGUACUUUGCGACAAUCGCAGUGGCUGGAGGUGGAAAGAAAGCAGACCCAACUCCUGGAAAAAUGCAGGGAUCACUGGAAGACCAAAUCAUUGCAGCUAAUCCCCUGCUGGAGGCUUAUGGUAAUGCCAAAACUGUGAGGAAUGACAACUCAUCCCGCUUUGGUAAAUUCAUCAGAAUCCAUUUUGGAACAACUGGAAAACUGGCCUCAGCAGACAUUGAAACAUAUCUGCUAGAGAAGUCUCGAGUGACAUUCCAGCUGUCUGCUGAGAGGAGCUACCACAUCUUCUAUCAGCUCAUGACAGGACACAAACCAGAGCUGUUAGAGGCUCUCCUCAUCACCACCAAUCCCUACGACUAUCACAUGAUCAGUCAGGGUGAAAUCACGGUCAAGAGUAUCGAUGACAUUGAGGAGUUCAUUGCCACUGAUACUGCCAUUGAUAUCCUGGGCUUCACUGCAGAGGAGAAGAUGGGCAUUUACAAGCUGACUGGAGCUGUGAUGCAUCACGGAAACAUGAAGUUCAAGCAGAAGCAGCGUGAAGAGCAGGCUGAGCCUGAUGGCACUGAGGUUGCUGACAAAAUCUCAUACCUGAUGGGUCUGAACUCAGCUGACCUUCUGAAGGCAUUGUGCUACCCCAGGGUGAAAGUCGGCAAUGAGUUGGUGACUAAGGGUCAAACUGUGCCUCAGGUCAACAACUCCGUGAUGGCUCUCUGCAAGUCUGUCUAUGAGAAAAUGUUCUUGUGGAUGGUGGUCAGAAUCAAUGAGAUGUUGGACACCAAGCAAGCCAGAAACCAUUUCAUUGGUGUCCUGGACAUUGCUGGGUUUGAAAUCUUUGAUUACAACAGCUUGGAGCAGCUGUGCAUCAACUUCACCAAUGAAAAACUGCAACAGUUUUUCAACCACCACAUGUUUGUGCUGGAACAAGAGGAGUACAAGAAAGAAGGAAUUGAAUGGGAGUUCAUUGACUUUGGUAUGGAUUUGGCUGCCUGCAUUGAGCUGAUUGAGAAGCCAAUGGGCAUCUUCUCCAUCCUUGAAGAGGAGUGCAUGUUCCCCAAGGCAUCAGACGUCACCUUCAAGAACAAAUUGUAUGACCAGCAUCUUGGCAAAACCAAGUCCUUUGAAAAGCCAAAGCCAGCCAAGGGCAAGGCUGAGGCCCACUUUGCCCUGGUUCACUAUGCUGGCACUGUCGAUUAUAACAUCACUGGUUGGCUUGAUAAGAACAAGGACCCUCUGAACGAUUCAGUUGUUCAGCUCUACCAGAAGUCUUCAGUCAAACUGCUAGCCUUCCUCUAUGCAUCACAUGCCUCAGCAGAAGCUGAUUCUGGUGCAAAGAAGGGUGGCAAGAAGAAGGGUGGUUCCUUUCAGACUGUGUCUGCAUUGUUCAGAGAAAAUUUGGGCAAGCUGAUGACCAAUUUGAGGAGCACACAUCCUCACUUUGUGCGCUGCCUGAUCCCGAAUGAAUCAAAGACACCAGGUCUCAUGGAGAACUUCCUGGUCAUCCACCAGCUGAGGUGUAACGGUGUGCUGGAAGGAAUCAGGAUCUGUAGGAAAGGUUUCCCCAGCAGAAUCCAGUAUGGUGACUUCAAGCAGAGAUACAAAGUAUUGAAUGCUAGUGUCAUUCCUGAGGGACAGUUCAUCGACAACAAAAAGGCCUCUGAGAAACUCCUGGGAUCUAUUGAUGUUGACCACACUCAGUACAAAUUUGGACACACAAAGGUGUUCUUUAAAGCUGGUCUGCUGGGUGUACUUGAGGAGAUGAGAGAUGAGAAACUGGCUGAGCUGGUCACAAUGACUCAGGCUCUCUGCAGAGGUUUCCUCAUGAGGACAGAGUUUGUCCAGAUGAUGGAGAGAAGAGAUGCCAUUUUCACUAUCCAGUACAACGUCCGCUCAUUCAUGAACGUCAAACAUUGGCCAUGGAUGAAGCUCUACUUUAAGAUUAAGCCUCUGCUGAAGAGUGCAGAGACUGAAAAAGAGAUGGCACAGAUGAAAGUAGACUUUGAUAAGACCAAAGUGGACCUUACCAAGGCUCUGGCUAAGAAGAAAGAACUGGAGGAGAAGAUGGUUACUCUGAUACAGGAGAAAAAUGAUCUGUUGUUGCAAGUUCAAUCUGAAGGGGAAAACCUCAGUGAUGCAGAGGAAAGAUGUGAGGGGCUCAUUAAAGCCAAAAUCCAGCUUGAGGCCAAACUCAAAGAGACAACUGAGAGACUGGAGGAUGAGGAGGAAAUGAAUGCCGAGCUGACGGCAAAGAAGAGGAAGCUGGAGGACGAGUGCUCCGAGUUGAAGAAAGACAUUGACGACUUGGAGCUCACCCUGGCAAAAGUGGAAAAGGAGAAACAUGCCACUGAGAACAAGGUCAAAAACCUUACAGAGGAAAUGGCCUCCCAAGAUGAGACCAUUGCCAAACUGACCAAAGAGAAGAAAGCCCUCCAAGAGUCCCACCAGCAGACCCUUGAUGAUCUGCAGGCAGAGGAAGACAAAGUCAACACUCUGACCAAGGCCAAGACCAAGCUGGAGCAACAAGUGGAUGAUUUGGAAGGUUCUCUGGAGCAAGAAAAGAAGCUUCGUAUGGAUCUUGAGAGAGCAAAAAGGAAGCUUGAGGGAGAUCUGAAACUGGCUCAGGAGUCCUUAAUGGAUCUGGAGAAUGACAAGCAGCAGUCUGAGGAGAAAAUAAAGAAGAAGGACUUCGAGAUAAGCCAACUCCUCAGUAAAAUUGAGGAUGAGCAGAGUCUUGGAAUCCAGCUUCAGAAAAAGAUAAAGGAGCUUCAGGCUCGUAUUGAAGAGCUAGAAGAGGAAAUUGAGGCUGAACGUGCUGCUCGGGCCAAGGUUGAGAAGCAGAGGUCUGAUCUUGCCAGGGAACUUGAGGAGAUCAGCGAGAGGCUGGAAGAAGCUGGUGGAGCAACAGCAGCUCAGAUCGAGAUGAAUAAGAAGCGUGAGGCAGAGUUUCAGAAGCUGCGUCGUGACCUCGAGGAGUCAACUCUGCAGCAUGAGGCCACUGCUGCCGCCCUCCGCAAGAAGCAGGCUGACAGCGUGGCAGAGCUGGGAGAACAGAUCGACAACCUCCAGAGAGUCAAACAGAAGCUGGAGAAAGAGAAGAGUGAAUACAAGAUGGAGAUUGAUGACCUCAGCAGCAACAUGGAGUCUUUCGCCAAAUCUAAGGGAAAUCUUGAAAAGAUGUGCAGGACAUUAGAAGAUCAACUGAGUGAGCUCAAAUCCAAGAAUGAUGAAAAUGUCCGUCAGCUGAAUGAUUUCAGUGCCCAGAAAGCAAGACUUCAAACAGAAAAUGGUGAAUUCACACGUCAGUUAGAGGAGAAGGAAGCUCUUGUCUCACAGCUGACAAGAGGAAAGCAAGCCUACACUCAGCAGAUUGAAGAGCUGAAGAGGCACAUAGAGGAAGAAGUUAAGGCCAAGAAUGCCCUGGCUCAUGCUGUUCAGUCAGCUCGUCAUGACUGUGACCUGCUCAGAGAGCAGUUUGAGGAGGAGCAAGAAGCUAAAGCUGAGCUGCAGCGUUCAAUGUCCAAGGCUAACAGCGAGGUGGCUCAGUGGAGAUCCAAAUAUGAGACUGAUGCCAUUCAGCGCACUGAGGAGCUGGAGGAGGCAAAGAAAAAACUGGCCAUGCGUCUUCAGGAUGCAGAGGAAUCCAUCGAGGCUGUGAAUGCAAAGUGUGCCUCUCUGGAAAAGACUAAACAGAGACUGCAGGGUGAGGUGGAGGAUCUCAUGAUUGAUGUGGAGAGAGCUAAUGCUCUAGCAGCUAAUCUGGACAAGAAGCAAAGGAACUUUGACAAGGUUCUUGCAGAGUGGAAGCAGAAGUAUGAGGAGAGCCAGGCAGAGCUGGAAGGAGCUCAGAAGGAGGCUCGCUCAUUAAGCACAGAGCUUUUUAAAAUGAAGAAUUCAUAUGAAGAAUCUCUGGACCAGCUGGAGACCAUGAAGAGAGAGAAUAAGAACCUGCAACAGGAGAUCUCAGACUUGACUGAACAACUUGGCGAGACUGGUAAGGCUAUUCACGAACUUGAGAAGGGAAAGAAGACAGUGGAGGGUGAGAAGACAGAGAUCCAGACUGCACUAGAGGAGGCAGAGGCAACCCUGGAGCAUGAGGAGUCCAAGAUCCUACGUGUUCAGCUGGAGCUCACCCAAGUCAAGAGUGAAAUCGACAGAAAAAUUGCAGAGAAGGACGAGGAGAUGGAGCAGAUCAAGAGGAACAGCCAGAGAGUGAUUGAGUCAAUGCAGAGCAAUUUGGAUUCUGAGGUCAGGAGCAGAAAUGAUGCUCUGAGAAUCAAGAAAAAGAUGGAGGGAGACCUCAAUGAGAUGGAGGUUCAGCUGAGCCAUUCCAACCGACAGGCAGCUGAGGCCCAGAAACAGCUGAGAAACGUGCAGGGACAGCUGAAGGAUGCCCAACUGCACCUUGAUGAAGCUAUCAGAAGUCAGGAUGACAUGAAGGAGCAGGCUGCCAUGGUGGAGCGUAGGAACAACCUGAUGCAGGCUGAGAUUGAGGAGCUGAGAGGUGCUCUGGAGCAGACUGAGAGAGGCCGCAAAGUGGCUGAACAGGAGCUGGUGGAUGCCAGUGAGCGUGUGGGACUGCUGCACUCUCAGAACACCAGCCUCAUCAACACUAAGAAGAAGUUGGAAACUGAUCUUGUCCAGAUCCAAGGUGAAGUGGAAGAUUCUGUCCAGGAAGCAAGAAAUGCUGAAGACAAAGCCAAGAAGGCAAUCACUGAUGCUGCCAUGAUGGCAGAGGAACUGAAGAAGGAACAGGACACCAGCGCUCAUUUGGAGAGGAUGAAGAAGAACCUGGAGGUGACAGUGAAGGACCUACAACACCGCCUUGAUGAAGCUGAGAAUCUGGCCAUGAAGGGAGGCAAGAAGCAGCUCCAGAAACUCGAGUCUCGGGUGCGUGAGCUUGAAUCAGAGGUUGAAGCUGAGCAGAGACGAGGAGCCGAUGCAGUCAAAGGUGUUCGGAAAUAUGAGAGAAGAGUGAAGGAGCUCACCUACCAGACGGAAGAGGACAAGAAGAACGUUGCUAGACUUCAGGAUCUGGUGGACAAGCUGCAGCUGAAAGUGAAGGCCUACAAGAGACAAGCUGAGGAAUCUGAGGAGCAGGCCAACAGUCACCUGACCAGGUACAGGAAGGUGCAGCAUGAGAUGGAAGAAGCUCAGGAGCGUGCUGACAUCGCUGAGUCCCAGGUCAACAAGCUGAGGACAAAGAGUCGGGAAAUUGGAAAAGGAAAAGAGGCUGAGGAGUAACAUUUGCACUUUUUGAGGGUGACAAUGAAAGUCAUAAAAUAUGAAUUUUCAUUGAACUGCUCUCACUUAACAUUGUAGAUUCAUAUUAAAUAAAC